UAUGCGCGUUCGGCCGAGGCCGAGGCCGACAGUCCACACUCCGACGGCGCACGAAGCGCCUCAUCGAACGACGACAGCGCGCGGGGCGCCCGCGCGACCACGAGCCCCUUCCUCCUCCCACCCUCCUCCUCCCUCCCUCCCACCGCCCUAGACUCCCACUCCCCAUCCCCCGUAAAAGAAUAAAAAAACCCCUCUCCGCCCCCCACCCCCGAUCCCAGCCUGGGUGAGACUCCGGUAGUGCAUCGUUUGAACGCUGCUGGGCAUGGGCCCCGAGACGGAGCGCGACGCCUGAGCACAGCAUGACGCACGGCCCGACUACGACGACGACGACGACGACGACGACGGCGACCCUCGUGGCGUUCGCCAUCCUCGGCGCCCUCAGCCACGGCGUGCCGCUCGGGGAUGAGCCGACGGAGCUACCGCCACCAGCACCAGCGGCCACAGCAACCGAAGUGGAAGCAGAAAUAGUAGCAGCUGCGGCAGCCGGAAACCCGAUGACGGAGAUCGAGCCGGAGGAGCCGGCACCGCCUCCCCAACCAAGGCCGUCGAUCCUCGGAUUCUCCGAGGCGCCCCAUCACACGGACACGGAACUCGGCGCCUCGGUCCUCCUCGUCUGCAAGACCGCCGAGCCCGUCGCUGAGUGUCGAUGGUCCUGGCAGCCCCUGCCUCCCACCCACCUACCUCUGCCUAAUACCGACGACAGCCCGACGACGACGACGACGACGACGACGACGACGACGACGCCGACGGGUCCGUCCCUUGCGGUGCGCACCUUCCCGGCCUUCGGCAGUACGAGCAACGACUGCUCGGUGCGUUUCGCCAGUACCCGAUACGAGCAGACCGGCUACUGGAGCUGCGCCGCCCGGAGAUCUGACGAAGAGACUUUCACGAGCACGAGUCCGGCCAAACUCAGCAUCGUCCACGUCGACGCAGCGAGCAGUAUCGGCUUCCUGGGCAGGGAGGAUUCGGUGGAGGCACCCGCGGGCUCGGGCGCGCGUCUCUCCUGCCGUGCCAAUGUGCAGGUGCACGAGUGUCGAUGGACCUGGCGCCAGCUCAACCAGUCCCAAUCCUGGGACGCGGAGGUGCGUCGUUUCCCCGCGGAGGGACCGACCUGCGACCUCGGCUUAUCGACCGUCAAGCCCGAGCACGAGGGCAUCUGGACGUGCGGUGCCCGGCACCACGGGGGCACGCCCUUCGUCCAAGCCCGGCCGAUCAAGCUGCUCAUCUCCGAGGUGGAGUUUGUGCAGCUGUCGCGGGACAUCCAGAUAACGGCGGGCGAGACGGUGUUCCUCCGCUGCCUCGUUAACAAACCCGUCUACGGGUGCGAGUGGUCCUGGCGGCCCAACAACUCCAGCAAGAACUCGACCCUCCUGAGACGCUUCAGCCCGGCCAAAGAGACCGAUCACGACUGCUCGGUGCGCUUCAAGAACAUCCUCUACGAGGAGGAGGGACUUUGGACUUGCGGCGUCAAGCUCACCGCCGACGGCAUACUGCACGAGGCGCCCUCGACGACCGUAGCCCUUCUGCCCUCGGGUAAGGUCAACUUUACGGAGGUGCCGGAGAGUACAUCGGCGGCCGUUGGCUCGGGCACGACGCUGCGCUGCGCCACCAAUGGCCGCGUGGAGCGAUGCACCUGGACGUGGCAACCACUGGACAACGAGGCCGACCCCGAGCCGACGAGGCUGCGCGAGUUCCCGGGCCACGGAGAUCUUGGCCGUAACUGCAGCCUCGAGCUCACUAGGCUCAGGCUCGAGGACCAGGGCCACUGGACCUGCCAGGUCUAUCUCGCCGGCGUCAAUGCUCUCAUGACCAGCGGCCAGAUCAAGCUCAGCGUCUACGAGGAGGAGGAGGUGCGCUUCUCGGAGCUGUCGCAGGACAUCCAGAUAUCGUCGGGCGGUACGGUGAGUCUGCGCUGCGUGACCUCGGCCCGAGUGGAGCAGUGCCGCUGGUCUCUGAGUCCCGAGGGCACUGCCAACACGACCGUCGUGGUGAAGCUGUUCGGGCCAGCGGGUGCCGAGGGCCGGGACUGUAGCGUCAAGCUGUCCCACGCCCUUCAGGAGCAGGAGGGACUCUGGACCUGCGGGGCACGACUUCACGCGCGCCAAAACUACACGGACGCGCCACCCGCGAGGCUCAGCCUCAUCGAGCCAGAACCAGUAACAAUAACGUUCUGGGGUGCGCCACAUCAGAUGGUGAAUUUGGCCUGCAAAACGGCAAAUACGGCCCUCCUUGUCUUUCAAAGCCAAUGCAUCUGGUCGCACAACCUAAAGUCUCUACUGUCCGAUGCUCCAAAACCAUCGAGAAAAACUAAAUACACGGUAUCGAUGAAUCAUACCUCUGGUAUAUGUAGACUUCAAUUCACACCAGAUGAACAAGAUUUCGGAGAGUGGAUUUGCGAAUUUGUCAUCGAUAGUCCGCAGGUGCAGGCGAAGCUUGGUAAUGCCUCGAUUUUGCUGCUAAACAAUUCGCCUGAUCAGCAGCUCAGCUGGUUGGUUGGUGCAAUUACAUCGUCGGUUCUUUUCCUCCUAAUAGCGGUCGUCGUGAUGGUUGUGUACAAAACGCGGCUCUGCGACCGCAGGAUACCAGCUUUCCUCGAGACGUUGCCGCCGAGUGAGACGAAGAGAAACAUGGACAGCGAUAGCCGACAAGUCGAUAGGAUCCCGGCAAUCGACCUCAGCCAUACCAAUCCAAAGUUUCUCUUGCCUGCGGACAAUAUUCGCAGCGUCCUGCCCAAUCGUAGUCCACGUUUGUAUGAUCGCGUUGGCAAAGGAGGUUACGCGACGCCAAGGACGAACGAGGGCAUCAAAAUAAUGUAGAUGCUCCGAGAGUUACUCUGCGUGCACGAGUAAUGGAAUGUCAGCUUACUUUUACUUUCUGAAAUAAAGAAAAAUGUCACAAAAUUGUAUGUAGAAGGGCCAAUUGUUUGGCAGGUUCGGUGCCAUGCGAUUUAUCAACGACCUUGUUAUUUUUAUCGAUUACUCGCAGACUUUGUAUUACCUUAACUGCGAGCACUCGUAACAACGAAAGAUUGUUCGAUGCUCGGUUACUGAGCU